UGCCACUCAACAAACGGAAUCCCAACUUACGAAGCGACUACCCUUAUAUAUUGCACCUCCGCCCUGCGAGCCGGUAUUACUUGACAAAACACAUGAUGCUCGGUUUGUCGUGGUGGAUGAGCGUAAACCACAAUAUCCAAAAUGUCAUUACCCCGCUCCAAGACCCUACCACCAACACCAACUUUGCCCGCCGCCAUCGUCUUAGACUGCGUUAGCAUCAACAACGCAGAGAUAUGGUAUGCGGUAUAUGGGACACCAUUGGACCCUGAUAAGGCCCCAACGGUUUUUCUACAUGGCGGAAAGAUCAGCUCUCGUUGGUGGGGGCAUCAAAUUGAAUACGUUGCUGAAGCAGGACACUCAGUCAUUGCGAUGGACACCCGGGGACAUGGCAGAUCAACAGAUGGCCUUCAAGUGGCCUUUUCGUAUGACCUCUUCGCCGAUGAUGUCGCUUCCUUACUUGACCAUCUUCAAGUGCCUUCUGCCAACUUUGUCGGCUGGUCAGAUGGGGCUAAUACGUGCCUCGCUUUAGCAAUGAGACACAAACACAAGAUCAAGCGUAUAUUUGCCUUUGGUCCCAAUUUCCAGCCAGACCAGGCAAUACCUGAUGCAGCUAAGACAGUCCCAUUUGUCUCUGACCUUGUGAAUCGGAUGAAAGAAGAGUACCAAUUGAUUUCACCUACUCCAGAGAAGUUCGAUAGCUUCAAGGCGAAGGCCAUAGCAAUGCAGGCAACUUCACCGACUUGGACCGAGGAAGAUUUCGCCAGGAUCGGCUUAAAUUCUACAAAUCGUCACCAUAGCUUCCCUUUGUGGAUUGUUACUGGCGACUCCGAGGAACUAAUCCAGUGCUGGGUUGCAAAAAGGAUCUCAGACAAGAUUCAACGGUCGGUAUACUUAGUACUGCCCAAUGUCAGCCACUUUGCACCAUUGCAGGAUCCCGAGUCUUUCAACAAUGCACUAAAUCAGUGGUUAUCCUGUUAAAUGUUCAGUGACGUUGAGUGUUGGCCUUGUCGUAUUGAAUCACGGAAUGUGGAGACUAGGAUAUUAAGAUAGGGAUGGGAUAGCUAGUUAUUAUAGUCACUUGGAGAUAGGGAAUGUAUAUCUAGUAUCGCGCA